AUGGCUGAGGAGUUGAACGAAGACCAAGUGGCUGCCAAUUUCGAUGAAUCUAAGUUGAGAGAUCUCUCUAACGUAGCGGCUCGCCUUCACCGAAUGCAGCUUGCCGAAGAUGACAUGGAGAUCAUUGUUGUUGACGGAGAGCUCCAACGACUUCCACGCCAAAUGGAGCAAGUAAAGGAAGGGCAGGUUAUGAACAACGCUGGAGGAUUCGUCUUCCCAGUGUCUGAUGAGACUCAGGUUCGCCGCUUCUUGAUCCUCGGUUCGGACAAAGGCACCUAUCAUCAAAACGCGGAAAAAAUCACUCUCGACAAUGCCCAGCGUAUUGUCGAAAUCAUCCAGAAAGGAAAAGGACAUAAGGUUCUUCAUGAGCUUGCUCUUAUCAACGCAGAGAAUCGCAAUCCAAAAAUGAACUCGAUGCUUUUCACUCUCGCCAUCUGUGCCCGCGUUUCGACUCACGAUACCACUAAAAAGAACGAAUGCCCAAUACUCCACACUUAUUCUGAAUACAUUCGCGCGCUCCACGCUGCUGCUCUUCGUUUGCUUCCUGAUGUUUGUCGCACGCCAACACAUCUCUUCGAAUUCGUCGAUUACUGUCAAACCAUCGCAGAGAGCACGAAAGCUGGAGGAGCAAAAUCGUCCACGGGAUGGGGUCGUUCGUUGAGAAACGCUAUCAUCAAGUGGUAUAAAGAGAAGACAGCGGAAAAAUUGGCUAUGCUCCUCACAAAGUACCCACAACGCGAGGGAUGGUCACAUCGCGAUCUCUUCCGUCUUGCUCAUCCAAAUCUUAUGGACGAUGGAACACAUCACACCGAUCGUGAAGAUCGCCUUGAAAGAGAACAACUCUUCCGCUUCGCUGUCAAAGGAGAUCUGGUUAAGAGGAAGAGAAAGGCUAAUGAUGAGGAAAAGGCCAAGAUCGAGGAAUCAUGGGAUAAGAGAGCACUGAAGGUUCCGUACACUGAGCAGCAGCUUGUUAAAGAAGAAAAGAGCAGAGCUCUCGACUUGGUGGAGGCAUAUCUCAGCCUGAAACAGGAACAAAGCGAGGAAGUUAUCGUUGAGGCAAUCAAAAAGCACGGACUUGUUCGUGAGCACUUGCCAACUAGCAGCCUCAACUCAAAGCUUGUAUGGGAAACACUUUUCGAUGUGCCAAUGCCAAUGACAGCAAUGAUCCGCAACCUCGGAAAAAUGACUCUUGUCGGGGCUCUUGAUGAUAACCGCGUCAAGUCAAUCGUCAGCCGACUUACCGAUCAAGAAGAGCUCCGCCGUGCUCGUAUCCACCCGUUGACCUUGCUCACUGCUCGUUCCGUAUACGCUAGAGGACGUGGAGACAAGGGAAGUCUCACCUGGGAGCCGAAUCAAAAGAUUUGUGAUGCUCUCGAGGCUGGAUUCUACAAGGCAUUCGUCAAUUCCCCACCAACCGGUAAACGCUACUGCUUGGCUCUCGAUGUCUCUGGAAGUAUGUGUUCCCCUGUCAGUUCAUCGCCAUUGAGCUGUCGUGAAGCCGCCACAGGAAUGUCUCUAAUCAAUCUGCACAAUGAGGCUGAAGUGAAGUGUGUUGCUUUCUGUGAUAAGCUCACUGAACUGCCGUUCACUAAAGACUGGAAAAUCGGACAAGUCAACGACUACGUCAACAAUCUUUCCUUUGGUAGCACUGAUUGCGGUCUUCCGAUGACAUGGGCUACUGAGAACAAUCUCAAGUUUGACGUCUUCAUCAUCUACACUGACAACGAUACAUGGGCAGGAGAAAUUCAUCCAUUCGAGGCAAUUAAGAAGUAUCGUGAGGCAUCUGGAAUUCAUGACGCGAAGGUGAUUGUGAUGGCCAUGCAAGCAUAUAACUACUCGAUUGCUGAUCCGUCCGACGCAGGAAUGCUCGAUAUCACUGGAUUCGAUUCUGCAGUCCCACAAAUCGUUCAUGAGUUCGUCACCGGCAAUAUCUAA